AUGAACGAAAUACCGCCGCCGCGGGAGACCGUGGGCCAUCUUGCUCCCCCCUCGGACCCAUCGCCGCCCCUGCGUCCCCGCAUUAACGACGAUCUUCUGGCGAAUCUGACCCCGCGCACCGUCGUCGACGCCUUCCGAACCCCGACCGGCUCUCUUAAGGCCUGCAUCGAGAGGGCAUCCCCCGCCGAGCAGGCCUUCGCCCUGAGGGUUGCAAUUGCUUCCAGCAACAUUGCUCAGUGGCUCGAAGAGCUCUCCUCUUGGCCAUGGCCCUCAUCCGGCGGCUCCGCCGGCUUUGAGGUGCCUGCCGCCAAACGACGGAAGCUUUCGCCGUCCGGCACCGGCACCUCCGAUGCUGAAGAAUAUACCGGGUCCCUGCCGACUGUUGACAUCGCAAAAUACGAAAAGCGCAUUGACGAGAUCUCUCAGGCCCUGGACGAGAUCGACAUGGAAGAGAUCAAGCGCCAGGUCCUCAACAACCAUAUCAUGCCGUUGUCGAGACCCGGCACUCCGAACCUGGGUGCUGCUCGCACCCAGAUGUCCUCGCUCUCCGCCAUUGCCCGCAUGGACGACCUCACCGCCGUUAUUACGGCCACGACCGUCCAGGCGUUGCCGAACCUUUACAAGCUCACGCGCUUGAUGGAAUGCUGGAGCUUGCGCCUGAUGGUCCUCCGUCGCGUGCCCAUUUUCCUGGACUCGCUCGCCGAUGCCGAGACUGCCCUGCAGUCCGCUUGGCACGCAGUCGAGCGUGCUGGCGCCCGCCACCUGCCCGACGGCUCGUCUUCUCCCCUGACACGAGCCGAGUACGACGUCAUGAAGGGCGUCCUAGAACGCAAAGUUGCCAAGGCCGGCCGCGACCUGGAUGCCAUGCUUGAUAUGCUCGAGGGUCAGCCCGACACGCUCCCGGAGGACUGGAUCGACCGUAUGGACAACCUCGAACGGGAAUACGGGACUUGGACGGUUGCAUGCGAGAAGAAGCUGAAGGAGCUCGAGUUGGCGGCCCUGAAGGUGGUGGAGCGGAAGAGUGUUGAGAACAGUGGCUCUGACGCUCCGUCCGAGAGCCCCAAGAAGAACACCGACAACCACCCCGUCAUCAUCAAGAUCCACCCGACCGAAGAGGGCAAAGGCCUAGAUGGGUCCCAGGACGCACUGGACAGCGAUUCUAUCCCCGACACAGAUUGCGAGCUCUCGGAUGCUGAGGGCCGCAGCUCACGAUCCCGCGCCCGGCCGUCUGCUGAUUCGAGACGGAGCAGCGGCAUGACCGAGUCGACCGUGAUCCACGAUCCUCAGACCGACAUGGACUCCUUUUCGAGCGAGGAGCCCGAGGCCGAGUACCCUGAACCGGCCUGCCCUCCCUGCGAGCUCAGUUCGUCCUUCCCUCCGCCUCCGGCGCGGUCGGGUCGGCGGUCGAUGUCGGUCAGCUUCAAUGACAAGCCUACCGUCACCGAGUUCGACAGCUUCCCGAGCCCGCCGGGCACCCCGGCCAAGUCCGACGAUAAUAUGUCUGACGACGACAUGGCGACUGAGCCCAACACCCCGACAGAGUGCAUUCUGCCCCCUGCCGACGAGAAGCUGCAGAAGAAGAUAAGCGAGAUUCUGCAGUCCGUCCCGGCAAAGAUUCGCCUGACUCAGGCACCACCCAACAUCAAUCUCAACCCGCCCGACUUCAAGAUGCCGACCGCGCGGAAGAGCUCCAAGCCGGACCCCAUGUCACGCAGUCACUCCAACAUGUCGCUGCGGUCCGCUUACUCCUCGCGUUCAGCUACUCCCUCGUUUACCUUGGCACCAGCUUUCACGUCGCGCCCGUCGCGCUCGCGCAAUCGGAACUACAACCCCGAGAUUAAGCUGUAUCACCUCUCGCGGUCUAACGGCGAAGCCCCGAUCAAGCUGUUCAUCCGCUGCGUCGGCGAGCACGGCGAGCGCGUCAUGGUUCGUGUGGGUGGCGGCUGGGCCGACUUGGGCGAGUAUCUGAAGGAGUAUGCUGCGCAUCAUCUGCGCCGCUCCGGAGCUGCUAGCGAGCCAAGCAAGAUCGAGGUCAAGGACGUCCCGAAGAAUGGUCCCGUCAAUGCUUCCAACAGCCGUCGUGCCAGUACGUCGUCUCGUCCGGGCCCUGACUCCACCCCGCCGAGCCGACCGUCUUCUUCCCUCGGUACCUCACCUACCAGCCCGCUGCGCCUACGCAAGACCCGUCAACGAACUGACGAGUCGGCCUGUCGGCCCAAGACUCCGGUUGCCGGUGUUGAUGCCGCGAUUACGACCCCUCCACCCUCCGAUACCUGCUCCGUUAGCCAGUCGUUCUCAUCGUCAUGCUCUUCAGCGCCGCGUGGCCCUCGUUCCCGGCCUGGAUCUCGCGCUGGAGCCCGCGCUGUCAGCGCUGGAAAUGCCACUAUGCGCAUGCCCUGGCUCUCCGAUGAUCUAGCCGAGGAGGGAGAGCCUGUGCCGCUUGGCAUGGCGGGCCCGAAGGCAAAGCAGCUUGAUAUGUUGAGCGAAGAGGGACGGGCUUGGGUUGAGACGGUGAAGGAGAAGGUUCGUGUCGCAAGCUCUGGUGGCUUACCGAGUGCUGCGGACAAGAAGCAACAGCCCCUUGGUGGAGAGGGCGGCUUGAUGGAAGGUUUUACUCUACGAGAGAUGGGCAAAGUUGGUGGAACAAAGAGGCUUUUUAAGAAGCAGGGUUGA